ACAGAUGAAGAUUAAAGACUUCUCUGUGUCCUGCAGGCAGGUUACUCAGUCCACAGUUGACAGGCUUGUAGUUGAUUUUGUCUGUGAAAGCCUUCAGCCCUUUACCAUAGUUGAACUUCCUACAUUCAAAAAUCUAAUCUGUACAAUGCAACCUAGCUGUACAGUUAUGUCCAGACCAACUGUGAAGCUGAGAAUUGAGGAAGCAGCUGCAAAGAUAAAGAAAAACAUCAUUGCUGAGAUGGCAAAAGUCAACUAUAUAGGUACCACUACUGACUGUUGGACAGCACGACAACGCAGUUACAUUGGUGUAACAGCACACUGGAUUGAUGAACCUACUCUGGAAAGAAGGUCUGCUUCCAUUGCCUUCAGACGCUUGAAAGGUUCACAUACAUUUGAUUUGCUCGCAGGGACCUUGGUUGACAUCCACUCGGAAUAUGGCAUCUCAGAAAAAAUUGUCAGAACGACAACUGAUAGUGGAUCAAAUUUUAUCAAAGCCUUUAGAGUGUAUGGUGAACAGAGUCAGCAAGAGUUAAUUGAUGCUGAGGCUGACUCUGCUGAGGCAGUGACACUGGAUGAUGAGAAUGAUGCAGAAGGAUUUGAAGUUCAGGACACCAGUUCCAUUUUCAACGCUAACAGUGGGUUGGAGUAUCAUCUACCCAAGCAUCAGCGUUGCGCGUGUCAUCUCCUUAAUUUGGUGGCUACUGUGGAUGCUUCCAAGGCAGAGGACAGCAGUGAGGUAUUUAAGAAGCUUUCCCGUUCAACAUUUGCGAAAUGCCAGGCAUUAUACAAUAAAACCAGCCGGUCUGCCAUCAGUGCUGAGAUUGUGCAAGAAGAAUGUAAGCUGCAGUUCAUUCAGCCCAACCACACACGAUGGAAUUCAGUGUACAAUGCUGCAGAGAGGGUAAUGCGGAUCCUAAAGGAGCAGGGAGAAGCAUCCCUUCGGAAUGUAUGUGCAGCAUUCAAAAUUAAAAUGCUAAAUCCUGCUGAAGUUUCUUACCUCUCCGAAUACUGCAUUGUGAUGAAGCCUGUAUCCAUGGCCUUGAACAUCCUUCAGUCCGAAACAAACACUCAGAUGGGGUGGCUGCUUCCCACAAUCUACCUUCUUGAUUCAAAGCUCAAAAAGAUGGAGGCUUCAGUCAAGGUAUGUCUUUCCCUUAUUCAUGCUCUGCAGCGGGGUCUACAAAAGCGCUUUGGGGAGUUCAUGGAAGAUCCGGAACUCAUCAGUGCUGCAAUUCUUCUUCCCAAAUUCAAAACGUCAUGGACGGACAAGGCCCACAUCAUAGGAGCAGGUAUGGAUUACAUCCUGCAUCGUCUUGAUGCCAUGAAGGACACCCAGGAAAACGAAUCACAGCAUGUCUCUGACGAGGAUGACUUCUUUUCUUCCAUUAAGACUGUUUCAUCCACAAGAGCAUCUGAAUUGGAUGGAUACUUGGCUUGUGCCUCAGAAGAGAUGGAACUGCUUCACUCAUUUCCUUUGGUGAAAAAGCUAAGCCUUAAACUGAACACACCCUUGCCUGCCUCUGCAGCAUGUGAGCGCCUUUUUAGUUGUGCUGGGCAGCUGUUUACACCUAGACGAGCAAGGCUGGACAGUACAAAUUUUGAGAAUCAGCUCAUUGUAAAACUGAACAACAAAUUCAAAAUGUAAGCUCGUUGUUGACCCCUACAUUAAAAUCGCUGCAAGUCUGUGUUCAU